AUGGACCCUAAUGCUUCCUCUAUCACCGUCGCAGUUCGAGUGCGACCGUUCACCAUCCGAGAGGCUGCCCAACUAGUUUUCGACCCUCCCGAAGACAGCCCAGUUCAAAAGUUUACCCGAUCCGUCGUGCCCGCCGCCGGCAAGAAAGUCAAGGACCAGGUCUUUGCAUUCGACCGCAUCUUCGACCAAACUGCUUGCCAGAGCGACGUUUACGAAGGGACCACCAAGGGCCUGCUGGAUAGCAUCCUCGACGGCUACAAUGCCACUGUAUUCGCAUACGGCGCUACAGGGUGCGGCAAGACCCACACCAUCACCGGUACUGCCCAGCACCCUGGUAUCAUUUUCCUCACCAUGCAGGAACUCUUUGAGAAGAUUGGGGAAAGGAGUGGCGAGAAGACAACCGAGGUUUCCCUCUCUUACCUAGAAAUCUACAACGAAACGAUCCGCGAUUUGCUGGUGCCGGGCGGUAGUAAGCAGGGCCUGAUGUUGCGGGAGGAUUCGAACCAGGCCGUAACCGUUGCCGGACUCACCAGCCACCACCCGAAGGAUGUUCAGGAGGUCAUGGACAUGAUUGUGCAGGGAAACGAAUACCGGACUGUUUCGCCGACGGCAGCCAACGCCGUCUCUUCACGGUCCCACGCUGUGCUGCAGAUCAACGUCGCCCAAAAGGACCGGAAUGCUGCCGUCAACGAGCCCCACACCAUGGCCACGCUGAGCAUCAUCGAUCUCGCGGGUAGCGAACGGGCUAGUGCCACCAAGAACCGGGGCGAGCGGUUGUUGGAGGGUGCCAACAUCAACAAGUCGUUGCUGGCCCUGGGAAGCUGCAUCAACGCGCUUUGCGAUCCGCGAAAGAAGAACCACGUGCCGUACCGCAACAGCAAACUCACCCGCCUGCUCAAAUUCUCGCUCGGUGGUAACUGCAAGACCGUCAUGAUUGUGUGCGUGAGCCCAUCGAGUGAGCAUUUCGACGAAACUCAGAACACGCUACGCUACGCCAAUCGGGCCAAGAAUAUUCAGACCAAGGUUACCCGCAACGUUUUUAACGUCAACCGGCACGUCAAGGAUUUCCUGGUCAAGAUCGACGAGCAGAUGGCUCUCAUCAAAGAACUCAAGGCGCAGCAAAAGGAUGCCGAGAAGACCUUCUUUGUCAAGUUCCGAAAGCAGAUGGACAAACGGGAUGCCGUUGUUCGGGAGGGCAUUCUCCGUCUGCGUGCUGCGUAUGAACAUGCUUCUCCGGAGCGCCUCGAGAAGAUCAACUUCAUGAAGAAGCUGAAGGCUGUGGAGAGACGCAUCAGCCUCCUCUCCGCUUGGAUAGCUGCCUUUGACUCGGUGUGUGAUGCCCGGGGAGAUGAGCAAGCGAUGCCGUCCAACUUAGUUGCCAUGCGGAAGACGGCACAUGGCAUCUUGAUGGAACUGGAAAGCAGCAGGCACCACAUCCACCAAAGGAUAGAACGGACAAACUGGGAGCGCGCCUUGGAUACUGCCCUGAACCAUAGCAUCUCCCAGCUGCCGACGGGCGAUGGCGUUGUCGAUGGUUCGGAGCGGGAUACGCUGGCUAGGGAGGUUGAGAUGCUCAAGACAGGGUUCAUGCGGGAUGCCUACAGGGAGAUAUUAGAGCAGGACAAGGCCGGUGAUGCGGCUGUUCUGCAAGUACUUCUGACUGCCCAGUUCGACAUCUUGUCUUCCAUGUCGGAAACUCUGAGUAUGAGCGAGGAGGAGGCGGUUGCGCAUGCCAAAACCAUGAUUAGCCGCCUGCUCGAGACUGGCUACUCGGCCGCGUCUCACGUCGUCAAGCCCGAUGGCUCCAUGAUGCCCGUCGAGCUCUUCCCGCCGACCAAGCGGGGCACCCCCAAGAGGAAGAAGUCCAUCAAUGUAAACUCUAAGCCUAUCCCGGGUCCUGUCUUUUCGGCCGCGCAACAGCAGGCUAUCGCCUCGCCAGUCAAGGCGUCCCCUCGCCGUCGCAAGCUUGGCGCACGAAAGAGCGUAGCAUUCACCCCAGCCAAAAAGAAGGCGAGCGUCCGUUGGCGCGACGAUGAGAGCGAGCAGGGGACUUUGGCCGACUUCGAGAAGACUCCGCAGAAGUUUGCGUCGCCCGAUGAGCCAUCCCCUGAGAAGGCUCUUCCCACCCGACCUCCAGUACCUUCAUACCUCAAUCACAUCGACUCGCCAAAGAGCUCUAGCCCGACCCCAACCCCCCCUGAAGCAUCAUCGCUGUCCUUCACCAAGCCGAACCGAUUCCAAGCCGGCUUCCUCUCCAAGGGCCGACCACCUCAACAAAGCACCGGGAGUGCUAAUGGCUCGCCCGUGCCGCCGACCUUCUCCCUCAACCUGACCGGCUCUUCCGAUAAUGAAGACCGCCCGUCACCGUUACGUACCUUGCCCGUGAGCCGGGCUACUAACUCUCUUUCACCGGUACCAGCAAACAACGGCAGUCCCAAGCCUUCCACCAACUUGCUCUCCACUCUGACCGAGAACGGCAACGAAAACGAACCUCCACGACGCGCCUCCCCAUCCCGCCUCCCGCGCAUCUCAUACGGCUCAGGCUCCGAGUCGGACCUUGAUCCGCUUAAGAUCCGGUCCGCCCUGCACUCUGCCAAACGCCGCGAGCGCCUCUCUCUCCUCCCCAGCACGACCGUCUCCAGCGCCAAGCGCGUCUCGUCGGUGGGCUCAAACUCCGGCGGCAACGUCAGCGGCAGCGGCAGCAUCCCCUCCCACCACGGCGCCCACCGCCGCGCGUCCGCCAGCUACUCGGGCCCCGCCCACGCCAGCGCCAGCGCCUCCAACGGCAUCUCCCGCCACCGCCGAGGUAGUACCGAGCGCGGCGCCCGCCGUUCGCCCCCGAGGCCGAUCCCCAUCACCUGCUCGCCGCCCGCGUCGGCAUCGGCGGGGUCGUCGCCCGCGGGCGCCGGGCGCCAUCACGCGCAGGAUGGGAGCGCGUUUCUUGGUGGGCCGGGCCGCAAUCUUACGCCGGGCCAGGCCAGGCGCAUGAAUAUGGGGGGGAGCCUCAGGUCGGAGAGGGAGCGGGGUAGUCCUACCGCGCUAAGGAGUAUUGCUGCUGGUGUUGGUGCUGGCCCGGAGACGGAUGCUGCUGGUGUGGGUGGUAAGGCUAGGAGGAUUACCAUUGGUGCUGGGGGCGUGUUGCCGAAUUCUGGGGGUGGCGGUGGCAGUGGGAGUGGGAGUGGAGGGAGUGUGUUGAAGCCGCGUCCUAGUAUGGUGUGGAGGUAG